AUGCUGCUGGCUCUCCCACCUCAGCCUGCGCUGCAGAGACGCAGCGGCACGGUCCUUAGCACAAACUUGGGCUGCUUCUGGCCUGCAGAGCCUGCCCGGGUGAAGCUGCUGCCGUUGCCUGUGACAACUGCGGGCUUUGGCACGACGGGCACUCCUGAGGGACACCGGAGAUGUAGGAAGAGCCUCACCCUGCAGUGGAACCGGAGAAGUCUCGCGAGGGCAAACCGGGCCGGAUACCCGCUCUGCGAGGGAGCCUGCGGCUCAGCCCUGGCCGAGGGCGACUGUGCCCGCCCUAGAAGCGUCCGUCUCUGGCUGCGUGCCUCAGCCUUUCCUCCCGCCUUGCUGAGCAUCCCCCCUUGGAGGUAUGAGACCUCCUCGAAGAUGGAGCAGUUCCUGACCCGCUUCCUGCUGCGGGAAACCAUGCACCAGCUGCAGUCCCUGCAGGCCUCGCUCGAGUGUGCCGUGGACACCGUAGAGGAGCAGGCGGGACAGGAGAGAAAGGACAUAAAGAAAUCUGAGACCUCGGUUGGCCUCAGGUCGGGGAGACGAUGCGGGCGCAGAGGACAGAAGAACGUCUGUCUCUCUCCAACGGACCCCUAUUCCGGGAUGCUAACGACGGGGGUUUGUGUUGAAACCACCAGCCAGUGGCUGGCACAGAUCAACAGGCUCCAGCAGCUCAUCGAGAAACUGGAGUGCAGGAGCCCACGCCUGGAGCCACUGAAGGAGGAAGUGAUGUGCAAAGGAAGAGAUGCAGUCCAGGAAAGCCCUGGGCAGUGCCAGCAGCCAGCCCAGAGGAAGGCAACGCUCCGCUUGCGAGUGCCCAAAUCCCUCAGCGUGUCCGCCUGCAAGCUGACGGACGAGGCCUGCUUCAUCCUUUACGAGUUCUGGCAGGACGUGACUUCGUGGAGAAG